CAACUGACGUCUGCUUGGCUUGUUUAUGUUUUGUAGUAUUUGUAAAAUAAACAUUCUGUUGCGUUACGACACCUGUUGAGAAUGUUCACUGCAAUUCUCCAAGCUUGGUGUCUUCGUCCGCCGUUGCAGUUUGUAUGUUCUGCUAUUCCGGGACGUCCCUACAAAUUAGUACACAACGUAGGAACUGGCGUUUAGAUCCAAGGUUACGCGCCCUAUUGGAAAUUUACUAUAGUAUAGUAUAGCCCGUAUACGGAAAUAUAUGAAUUGAAAAAAAUCUAGGUAAGGAUGAUGUAUUCAACAAGUGUAUAACACAUUUAAAGAGGAAGAAUGGAUUUAUGAUUGUGUUACGCUACGGGUAAUUUAAUUUCCUUGAUAAUUUUUCAAAAAGAGAAUCAUAGGAAAAAAGGGCAGCGAAUGACCCAAAGGUUAAGCCUGCCGGAAAUAAAGAAAUUAACAACAACAACAUAGGAAAAAAGGACAAGCCUUCUCCAAGCUGAGAAAUCGCCGUUUGAAAAUAAACCGUCGUCCAGCAUCCACAGAGUCAAAUCUUUAACAUUUUCCAGUUAUCGCAGUUAACUACAAAAAAGUGUUUUUUUUUACCAUCGGAAAAAAACAACAAUUACAAAGUUGUCGAAACGAUCAGUUUUUGCACACAUCAAACCCAUAAUCAGCCCACGGCUUCCCGUCUUCAUCUUUACAAUGUUGCUUUCAGUCACAUUUGAAAGAUCUUAGAAGGAAGUCGUAAGAAUUAACAGUAGCUUAGAGCGUGAAAACGUAAUGUUGUUCAAAACUGUACGGUUUGCCACCUUAGUCCUGGCGGUAACCUUUGUCAUAUUGGGGCUUAUCCCAUAUGGACUGUCACAGGCUCUGAACAAACCCUGCACCAACCCUCGCGGCGAACCGGGCCUGUGCGUAUUCCUUCGGGAGUGCCGCCCGUUGCUGGAUAUUUUCAACACACCGGACGUGUCGGCACGUGAAAGUAAGUUUUUCUACGCCAGUCGCUGUUCAGGGAAUUCCAGCCGCAAACCACUGGUCUGCUGUGCUGCGGCGCCUUCUGUGACCUCGAAAGAGCUUCCGCGACCGCCGGCAGACUGUGGACUAGACUCGCCCGAUCGUAUUGUUGGCGGCACGGAAACCACCCUUGGCGAGUUCAGUUGGGCGGCCCUGCUCGUCUACAAAGACCGGAAUGGCGAAGAAGACUACAAAUGUGGUGCCACGCUCAUCAACUCCCGGUACGUGGUAACGGCCGCUCACUGCAUCACAAUGCUUUCCGGAGAUUGGACACUCAACGGAGUUCGCCUCGGAGAGCACAACGUCACCAACAAAGACCAAGAUUGCGAUGAGUACAGCUGUGCGGAUGUCCCGGUGGAGGUCGGCGUUGAGAAAGUGAUUCUGCAUGAGGGGUAUAACCAACAUAAAAGGAAUAACGAUAUCGCGCUGAUUCGGCUGAAUCGGGACGUUGGCUUCUCGACCUACAUCAAUCCGAUUUGUUUGCCCCUCGAGGACAGUGUGCGGCAGAUGGACCAUACAGGAGUGAAGGCCACCGCAGCCGGAUGGGGAAUAACGGAAUCUGAUCGAGCAAGUGAAGUCAAGCUCAAAGUGACACUCGACGUCGUGGAUCUUCAAACGUGUCGCAAAACAAACAUAAAGUUCAACAAGUUAGGCAACACGCAACUUUGUGCCGGCGGAAAGGAAGGCGAGGACACUUGCCGGGGUGAUUCUGGCGGACCGUUGAUGCGUCAAAUCCAGGGGAACUACCACCUAAUUGGAGUCGUCAGUAUGGGACCGAUAAAGUGUGGAACCGAAAAUGUACCUGGCGUUUACACAAACGUUGCCACGUUUAUCGACUGGAUCCAGAGCAAGUUGGAGUGAGGUAAUGGUAUGGCGAAGAGUUUUGUCGGCAGAAUUUGGUGGAGUAAUGUUGAAUUCAACUAAAAGUGUGAAUAUGAAAUUCAAGAUUACUUCGUUUUACUGUA